AUGAUGGUCGACCAACGCCAGUUCCGCUUUUGUCCCCACAAGCCGCGCGUCUUUGUAACUUCGGAUAUAGCCAACGAGCCUGAUGAUGCCCAGUCACUGGUCCGAUUCCUGCUGUAUGGGAACGAAUUCGACAUCAAAGGCCUAGUCGCCUGCACAUCGACCUGGAUGCGCACGUCCGUGCAUCCAGAGCAGAUGGAAGAGAUCAUCAACGCAUAUGGAAGAGUGGUCUCAAACCUCAACGCCCACGUGCACCCCGACAACCAGUAUCCGGCUGUCCAGGAGCUUCUCAGCCUCCUCCGCACCGGGCCAUCCACCUACGGCAAGCGCGCCCUGGACCCUAGCGUCCCACUGAGCAGCGGUGCGGAACUGCUGAUCGAGCAGCUGGCAGCCUCGGACGAACCCCUCUGGGUCCUCUGCUGGGGUGGAACAAACGUCCUUGCGCAGGCACUCCAUCACCUCCACCAGGCCCAUUCCGACUCGAUGAGCAUCAAGCUCCGCGCCCGGCUCCGGGUGUACGCCAUUUCCGACCAAGACGACACCGGCCUCUGGAUCCGCAUCACCUACCCGGAUAUCUUCUACAUUUGCUCUUCGCAUGGAUGGAACAACUACGCCCUUGCCACGUGGAGCGGCAUCUCCGGCGAUCUGCAGGGCGACGAAUUCCCCGAUUUCGGGGGCCCAGAUACCAGCAAGGUCACCGCCGGCUGGCUGAACGAGCAUAUCCAAAUCGGGCCCCUGGGCGCAGUAUACCCGGAUUCCAAAUUCAUCAUGGAAGGCGAUACACCGACGUUUCUCUAUCUCGUCCAGAACGGACUGGGGUGCCCCGAUCAUCCUGAAAUGGGGAGCUGGGGCGGUCGGUAUGUCCCUGUUGACGUGGGGUUCGCGGCGCGACACUACAGCGACGCAGCGGAUCGUGUUGUUGGCAAGGAUGGGAUGAAAUAUGUCAGCAACAGGGCGACCAUUUGGAGAUGGCGGGAUGCAUAUCAGAAUGAUUUUGCGGCGAGGGUGAAGUGGACGUUGAGCCCAGAUCAAGCGGCGUCGAACCAUGCGCCGGUCGUGGUUGUCAACGGGAGUCGAGGCCCGGAGCCGUUGAGUCUCUCUGUGGAGGCGGGUGCCGCGAUCAUCCUGGAUGCGUCGGACAGCUACGAUCCGGAUGGUGAUCAGUUAACUUUCUCGUGGUUUCAGUAUCGUGAGCCGACGAGCGCGCUGGGGGCUGUGAUUGACCCUCAGAUUGCUGGGCUCGAGAUUGUGCCUAUGGACUCGGAGGCUGCCAGACCUUCCGGAAGAAAGGUCAAGGUUACUCUGCCAGGACCAGAAAAAUGUGCUAUUGAUUUUGUUUCUGGAAAGGCCGUGGCUCAGGGUCAAGCUCUGCAUGUUAUUCUAGAGGUGAAGGAUGACGGUGCUCCAUGUCUAUACUCCUACAAACGGGUGAUCAUUCAGGUGACGAAUGAGAAGCUUCUAGGAGGAAGAGACAAGGCCUGUGAAACGGUAAUGGAGAGUCUCCAGGCUUGA